AUGCUGAACAAGUACACGGUCACCAUAUUCGCGCCGACAAACGAGGCGUUCAAGUCGCUCGACAGCGACCUGAAGAAGAAGGUGAAGGAGGACAAGCUGCUCCUACGCGAGCUCAUGCUGCUGCAUGUCGUCAAAGGGAAGAAGACAUUCGCACGCCUCCUCGAGCAGGAACAAGGCCAUCAAUAUGAGUCUCCUGCUGCUCGCGGCCAAGCCAAGCUGAUUAAGCGCAGCAAGGCAGACGACGAACCAGUAAUGAUCUCGGCCAAGCAGGGUAAGAACGUGGCGACUAUUGUGGACGAGGAUGUGUUUGUGAGCAAGUACGUGUCGGUGCAGGGGGUCGACGAAGUCAUCCUGCCACGCAAGCUGCAGAAGCCUCGCAAGUUUGAGACUCUUGUUGAGUGCAUGAAUAAUGUGAAGUGA